AUGAGAGACAGACAAGACAAUGCUAGCGUCAGAACACGGCCUGGAGGCUUGCGCAGCAGUGUCAGCUAUCGCCAACGCGCGUCAGGCGGCAAGAUAUCUAAUCGACGUACAGCACUCGCCGUAUCCAGUGUUGCAAGCCCUGCCCCAUGGCUGCCUAUCCCUUCGAAGUCUUCCCAACAACAAGGCUCUCAAUUUAGGACCUACCGAAUUCAAAAGCCCGCAAAAGAAAAAAGAAACCACCUCAAGACCUUCUGCCAGAAAAUCCCGCGGACUCUCGAGGCUUGGCAAGAAAAGAGGCGCAAUCUUCGUAUCACCACUGCAGACGACAUUCGGGCAUUUUUCUAUGACAUCAUCUCACCAGACGGCCCGCCGUCGUCGACGACACCGGCAGACCUGGACGACGUCAAGAAAUACAUUACAAGCAAACGCAGGUCCCCAGGCAAAACCGAUGACCAGCGAGAUGCUUGCCUGUCUACGAUGCAGGAACUCGUCUUUUUUGGGGAGUGUCUCGUAGCUUCGGUUCUUGGUGUCGAGCCGGCCGAUGUGCAUAAGGCCACCAGGCAGUAUUAUUCGGAUCCCUCAUAUGAAGAAUGGAAAGCACGGCGUUAUCGGCGUGCGGCGUUCGUGAUUUCCAAGUGGAUGGGCCAACUGUACGAGGAUUGCAGUUCUGCCGCCUUUGAGCUAUUUCUCCACGGUAUGCAUCUCAAUCUAAGGCCGAAGGAAUCACCGCUUACCAGCCGCUUAGUCGGUACUCUGUCCAGCUUCGAGAAUUCGGUAAGAUCUAAUGAGAACAACAAGGCCUUCUCCAGGGUGGUGCGGCCGCUGAUACCAACCGAGCUGUGCGUGAAAGACGCUUCGCCUCAUCCGCCUCAUCUAACGUUCUACCUACCCUUCCUCGUCUGGGCCAGCAUCUUCCUCAACGUAAAGGUAGACUGCUUUGAUGAAGUCCGCCAAGCAUUCCUGUCGGUCAAAUUUGUUCACUCCGACUUCGUGCAGUGGCUCUUGUUUCUCGCCGAAGGCCGUCCUGGAGUCCUUGGCCUGGUACAGUCGGCACAUGACGCUUGCUCCAUUGCGAAGCCCCGUACGCAUGACGCAGUCGCAUCUAGCCGCACAACAACGGAAACUUUCACAGAAAGCGGCGCAUCGCAAGGCUUGAACGCAGAGGUCGACCAACACCAUACCGCGGUCGCUCGUGUCCCACACGACGGGGAGCAGGAGCUUCCGGUGCGGCGCGACAAUGUCCCUCUCUCUUCUUCGCAAACAGCCGCCUUUGGACAUCCCAUACACUUCGAUGCUUCUAUGCUCGCCAUCAACCAUGGAUUGUACUUCCCGAAUGAUGCGCAGGCCACAGGCGAUGUAGGCACUGCCGUCGAUUGCUACGGCUUGGGUCGACCGGUUGAGGGCUCAGCCUGCACCAUGGACAUGGGAUCUCUCGGUGCCGCCGCACUGUCCUCGAAUUCGGCGGGCGCGUUGGGCUGUGGUUCCGCUGUGGACUCGGCCUGGUCCAUGACGAACAUAGGGUCAGAAUGCAUAGAUGGCGUCGAGCUUCGCAUCGAGCUGUGA